AUUCAUUGCGGAUGGCACGCCUGCCGUGCCAUUACUUUCUUUUACGUGUGGCGUAGGGCGCGGGAGCCGUGUCAUUUUUAAAUCGAUGAUAACUCCUUCAAAUUAGGUUUUAGGGAGAUCUACCCAGAACAAAAUUGUCGCUAUUUUUCAUCUAAAUCAAGGUCGUAGCCUUCGUUUCUGGUAAUUGUAUGAUUUUAUUAAAAGCAGGUGUAACCAACCUUUUCAGAUGCUUAAAAUUGCAAUUUAAUAAUACCUAGGCUACAUGACUCAAUUUUGUUUUGUUUAAAUAUGGAAACACCUCUAAAAAUAAGCCCACUAGUAAAAGAAAUACCAUGAUUACUGAAGAACUCUUUGACAUAAAGUCACACUUUUUUGGCGAGUCCAAAACGUUCCAUAGAGAAGGCUACCUAGGUGUGACGUCACUUCUAAAUAAUAUGUAUUUCGUAGGACACGUGCGUGAACUUUAUAUGAUAACUAUGUAAAAUAUUGUGUUUAUGGUAUAGGCCUCUUAAUAAAAGUUGCUUUGAUUUUAAUAAGUUACCUUAUGAUAAUACAAUUUUUUGCUUUUUCUAUAGUUUUAAAAUGGACUUGCCCAACUAACUUCAAAUAAUCUUUAAUAUAAAAAUGAAUCGCUAAAUGUGUUGGUAAGCACUGUGGUAAGCGCAUAACUCAAGAACGCCUGGACCAAUUAGGCCAAUUCUUUUUUUUUAAUAUUCUUCGUAGCUCAAGGAUGGUUUUUACGGCGAGAAAAUGUAUGUACCUCGGGCGAAGCCGGGGCGAGCAGCUAGUAGUUACAAAAUUAAAAGUGUGAUUAUUAGUUUCGGUUAGGUAAAAAUUUAUGUAUUAUGAAACAUUAUUUCCAAAACUCUACUCCUGUCAUGUAGCCUAUUAGUUAUGGAAAAAUACCACGUGCGGUUCAAUAUGGCUAAUAUGAGUCUUAUUGCACACGACACUUCAUGUCCUAAACAAUGGAGGAUCCCUGCCGGAGAGAUAACAAAUUGCAUGUCCCUACGAAGUACCAACAAUGUAAAAUGACCAGUACGUUUUGUACAAUAUGGUCCAUUUUUGCGUGGACAGAUAAGAAAAAGGUCCUAAAAAAUUCGAAGGUGAAUGUUUUCUCAUCUUUUGUGAAUUAGUUCUGUUUUGCUAUCCUUGGUGAUCAGAUCUGCGUGCGUAUCGAUGACAUUGAGAUCGUAUAUCUGGGCUUUCGACAUUUGUGUUGUGAGGACUGUGUUACUGUGCUCUGAUCUUCGUAAAAAAACGACUGCUGCUUGUAUAACUGGACUCCGUGAUCUGCCAAUGUGACGACUCAGCCUGUGUACAUAAAUCUCUGCUUGCCGUAAACUUCAUGUAAGUAAUUUUUUCAUGCCUAAUCUGUAGUGUAUAGUUAAAAAUAGUAUAUUAAUAAAGAAAUUGUAUUCUAGUAGAUACCGUAUUAGGUACUUAUUGGGUAAGUUACUCUUAUUGGUACUCUUAACUCCUAUAAGAGCACACUAUAAGGUAGGUACUCUUUUGAACAGAGUAAACUUUGUUCAAAAGAGUACCUAUCUAUGUAUCCAAUGGAGGGAUCCUGUUUGUUCUCAUGAUUAAAUUUAUCAUAAUAUGGUUUGUCAUAAGGCCUUUCUCAUAAUUUUUCUAACAUAAUAAUUGAUUCACAUAAAGUUUAUUGCUAUAAUGCUUGUGUAGGCAUAAUGUUAGUUUAUAAUAAUGAGUUUUGCUAUAAAAUAGUAUAUCAUAAUGGGUUUGUCAUAACAGUUAUAGUCAUAAUCAUAGUUUAUUAUAAUUUAUUUAGUUCAUAAAUUCUAUUCUAACUCUAUUUUAAACCCUUAUAAGUGGCUAAAAUUUGAAUAAGUUUUUUCAUAAGAUUUUCUAACGAGAAAACGAGAGAAUUUUGUUGAUGGUUUCCUGAACCUGAAAAUGUAAGACAUUAACAUUUCAAUAAGUAUUUUCACUUUAAAUUACUUAAAAACACUAGUAUAGGUUAAGGUUCUUCGAACUCUUCGGAGCCGCCAUCCGCCAUGGAUCCUUUGAAUCCAAGUAUUAAUCUGCCAAGUUCGCCAAAACCUGGACCAUCAUCGGGUAUAAAUCCUUUGGAAGCUUGCAGUUCGCCGCAAUUCGGUACAUCAACUUCUCUGGAUCCUUUGAAUCCGUAUAUGAUUCUUCCAAGUUCACCAACACCUGGACCAUCAUCAGCUAUAGAUCCUUUGGAAGCUUGCAGUUCGCCGCAAUUCGGUACAUCAACUUCUCUGGAUCCUUUGAAUCCGUAUAUGAUUCUUCCAAGUUCACCAACACCUGGACCAUCAUCCGCUAUAGACCCUUUGGAAGCUCGGAGUUCGCCGCAAUUCGGUACACCAACCGCAUUAGAUCCCUUAACCGUAGAAUUAGGAAGAAUGAUGUCUCCACAAGAAACUAUGCCAUUAUACGAUAUGGAAGGCUUAGAUUUUAUUGGUGACGAAGAACUAUACGGGAUUUUGACCGGCAAUAACGACGACACAUUGGAUGAACUUAAUAGUGCAGAUCCGAACGAAGACACAAAUAUUAGCAAUUCUUACGAAAAUCAACAGGCCGAAGAGGAAGAAGAUACUUCUCCAGAAGAGACGACCGGGUGGUAUCCGGGUAAUCCUACAAAUAUGUCCAAUAUAAUCUUUACAGGGACAAGUGGUAUGUUGCCGCCACAUGAUGUAAACGUCAAAAGUCCUUUGGACUAUUUCUUUUUAUUCUUUAAUUCUCACUUUAUAAAUUUAAUUCUGGAGUGUACUAAUAAGUACGGUAACAAACUAAAAGCAACAGCGACUACUCCACGCGCUCGUUUUCGCAAGUGGACUGAUGUAAGUGUAGCCGAAUUCAAAACUUUUCUCGGUCUACUGUUGCUGAUGGGGACAAUUAAGCUAAAUAGACUAACAGACUAUUGGUCAACUCAUUAUUUGUUUCGUCUAUGUGUACGUCAAUUUAUGUCGAGAGAUAGAUUUUUUUUAAUUUUAAGAGCUUUAAACGUGCAAAAUAAUGAGAGAACCCAAAGUAUAUUUAAAAUAAAGUCGUUAAUUGAUUUGUUCAAUGACACGAUUGAUUCGGUAUAUUAUCCAUUGAGAGAAUUAACUAUUGAUGAAUCUCUUAUUUUAUGGAAAGGAAGACUUCGUUUUCGUCAAUAUAUUACAGGUAAAGCCCAUAGAUACGGUAUCAAGUUGUACAUUUUAGCCGACGCUAACGGAAUUAUUUUAAAAAUUCACGUGUACGCAGGGUCUCAAGAUACACAAGUAGGCGGUAAAAAUCAUAUUAAAAAAGUUGUACAUCUUCUUAUGAAAAAAUAUAUUGAAAAGGGACAUUCCUUAUAUUUAGAUAACUUUUAUACCAGCGUGGGGUUAUCUGAGGAGUUAUUGUGUAAAAAUACAUACGUAACUGGUACCUUAAGAGCAAACCGUAUUGGUAAUCCAACGGUAGUAAAAAAUAUAAAAUUAAAACCAGGAGAAUCGUGUAUAGUACACAACUGGAAAAAAAUUGUAGUAACCAAAUGACAAGAUAAACGGGAGAUAUUGUUCAUAAGUUCGGAACACACAAGUCAAUAUAAAGCGACUACUAGUCGCCGUGUACGCACCGUCAAAUACAAACCGGCCGUACAAAUAAAAUAUAAUAAAUACAUGCGGGCAAUAGACCGACAUGAUCAGAUGUUAAGUUAUUAUUGCUGUGAGCAUAAGACCCUGCGCUGGUACAAAAAAGUUAUUAUACAUAUAAUACAAAUAUGUCUAGUAAAUGGCUUUUUGCUUUUUAACGCAAGAAACAAAGGAAAUGAAACAACUUUGUACAAAUUUAGAAUGGAUAUAAUGGAGAAAUUACUGCCAAUGCCAAAUAGAACAGAACUUUCUCGGUCUCUAUCAGAAGGAAAAAUACAUUUACCUGCCAACUUGCCAAAGAAAAAUGGCAAUACCCUAAGAAAAAGAUGCAGAGUGUGUUAUUUGAAAACCAAAAAAAGAGUUUCUGUUUUAUUUGGCUGUCCUGAUUGCCCCGGAUUUCCGGGUCUAUGUAUUGAUAAAUGUUUUAGAGAAUUUCACAAAUAUUAGCAUACUGUA